UCCAGAAGCGUGCUUUCUCCUUCUCCGCCGAAUCUUCCCCAGCCCUCUAUAAAUUCUUCUCCGUCCCGAUCGGCAGAAACCCAAGAAAGACUGAAGAAAGAAGCACCGAUCAAGAGCCCCCAGAAAUCAAUCCCUCGCCCUUCCGCUUCCAACACCAUCCAAAUCGUCGAUUCAUUCCACCAACCCGAGUACCCGAUCGACAAUGUCGCUGAUCCGUCGCAGCAACGUGUUCGACCCCUUCUCCCUCGACUUCUUCGACCCCUUCGACGGCUUCCCCUUCGGCUCCGGCAGCAGCAACAGCGGCGGCAGCCUCGUCCCGCGCACCUCCUCUGACACGGCGGCCUUCGCGGGGGCGCGCAUCGACUGGAAGGAGACCCCCGAGGCGCACGUGUUCAAGGCGGACGUGCCGGGGCUGAAGAAGGAGGAGGUGAAGGUGGAGGUGGAGGACGGCAACAUCCUCCAGAUCAGCGGCGAGAGGAACAAGGAGCAGGAGGAGAAGACGGACACCUGGCACAGGGUGGAGCGCAGCAGCGGCAAGUUCCUGCGCAGGUUCAGGCUCCCGGAGAACGCCAAGGCGGAGCAGGUGAAGGCGUCCAUGGAGAACGGCGUGCUCACCGUCACCGUGCCCAAAGAGGAGGCCAAGAAGCCCGAGGUCAAGUCCAUCCAGAUCUCCGGCUAGGCGUCGGCGUGCUCGCUGCGCCAUGAGAUGGACUGGCGACUGCAGAGUGCAGAGCAGUGGUCGUCGUGAUGAAAUAAAAUGAAAUCAGAGUCCGGCCGUCUGUGUUUGCGCGGUAGUGUUGUGUGCGAAUGGUGCGAUGUUGCAGCCAGUGUUUUGAGUCUCUCGUGUCUGUGUUUCCAGUCCAGUUUGUUCGUCAGUCUGUACUAUGUACUCCAUCAGCAACUGAGUAAAUCUAUUGCCUUCUCUGCUAA